UAAAUGUGACUGUAACUUUGUAUGAAAAUCCUAAAUAUAAAAUUUGUAGUAAACGAAACGCAACUUAUUUAUUGUAAAUGCUGAUUUCGCUAAUUUCUGUUACUAUAUUUAAAUAAUUUGAGUAGUUAGAAAGGUACCAUAUGACAGCACAAUAGAGAUCAUAUUUGAACAACAAAAUAAUAAUGGUGCAUUUCGUACCCGCAUAAUGUGCUUAGACGCCAUAUUGUUUACAAAUUGUUUUGCUUUUUACUGCAUCUGUAACAAAAAAAUCAGUAAAAUAAAUGUGAAUUGCGUUUUUAACCAUGGAGGCUUAUUUUAAGUCUGAAGAAGAGUAUAAGCCUGAGCCAGAACCGGAGAAAACAAUAUGCAGGUGUUGUCUGACGACCGACAAGCGAAUGUUCAAUAUUUCGCUCUUCGCUACUCAUUUUCGCGAUUUAGCAGGGCUAAAUGUUUCUGAAUCAGAUGGACUCCCGCCAUGGUUGUGCUACGAGUGUGUUGCGCUGCUGCAGAAGGCAGUCCGCUUUAAACAGAAGCUGCUCAGAGCAAACUCUAUGCUGUGCGACUAUCUCAUGAGAUGUGCUCCCUUCCCAUUGACGCCCUAGACCCGGAACUGAUCAAGUAUACAACACCAAAUCUGAAGGAAACCAACACUCUUGUUUGUGAUAAUGGUGGCAAGAAGCUUGGAUACCAUAAAACAUUGGAGCAUGAGAAAAGGCCAGUAGAGUCAGCCCUCUACACAAUAGAGCUGCCCCCGCCCCCCAUAGAGCUGCCCCCCACAGAGGAGCCCCCCACAGAGCUCAAGCAAGAGUUUGACUUCGACGAUUAUGACGAUAACAUUACAUUAGACGAGUUCAGAAAUACGACGGAAAAGUCUGACGAGACACUGGAAGAGCAACCAGUUAAAGAAGAAGAAGAGACUAAGAAGAAACGGAAGACGAAAAAGAAGGAACAGCCCAAGACUAAGCGGAAGAAGAGCAAAGAGUCAGUGGAAGGUGAAGAACCAAAGACUAGCAUCAGGAAGACGGUGGAACUCGACCCGAGCAAGAUACGCAUCGUGACGCUCAACCCGGAGGAACAGUUCAAACAGAGUGAGGAGGAGAGUAAAGCCAAGUUCCCGUACCAGUGCCACCUGUGCUAUAAGGGGUUCAACUUCGACACCAAACUGGAGAACCACAUGCGGAAACACAGUCCGUCUCGCGGCCCGUUCUCGUGCGCUCUCUGCACGAUGUACUUCCCGUCCGCGUACAGCCGCGGCGUUCACGCACACAUACACACGCGCCGCUACGAGUGCGUCGCGUGCGGCCGCCGCAUGACCGACCGCGCCUCCAUACUGGACCACUACAGAAAUCAACACGAGGGACUGGUGUCGCACUUCACGUGCCAUCUUUGUGGAAAAGUUUCAAACAAUAGUAAAACGCACCGAGGCCACAUGAGGAACCACCACGGCGGGCAGCGGCCCGAGUGCGAGCAGUGCGGCAAAACUUUUGUCAACAAGGACUCGCUAGAAGAGCAUAGACAAAUUACCAACAAACUCAUCGCGGAUCAUAAUGGAAUUGCUCUUACGCAGCAGGACAGUCUAUUGCAGCCUUUAAGGCAAGAGGUCACCGAAUUGAAGAUCAAGGUGGCACUUCUAGAAAGUAAAUUGGAUGAGUAUGAUCGUCAAUUACAAGAGCUGCGAAAUCUACGUGGUAAUCCUUCCCUGCACGAGAUCAUCCCUUUGACUUCAGCCCAGGGAGCUUCUUCUUUGGCAGUUACCAGUACACCUAAAGUGGCGCCGUCUGGCACGGGAGGUCUCAGGACACGACUCCAGUCAGGAACUACGAACAGGGUGAUACCGGAUGAUAGGGCAUCUGAAGGCUUAGUAGAGCAUGCCGAUGUCUAUCAUCCCCCUCUCGAGAUUACUGUUACACCGGUGCAACCUGGAGGAGCGAUAACGGUUGAACCUAGCAACAUAAACCCGAUCACGGACUGGAACUUUUCCAAAGCGGAUUUUCCUAUGUUAUACGACCGAGUCUCUAAGGUUGAUUGGAGUCCUGUGCUGGCUGAAAAGUGCGUGAACGGGGCGGUCGAGCGGUUGUAUGAAUUAUUGAAGGCGUUUGACCAAGUCGACAAUGAUAUCCUCCUAGAGAAGCUGUCAGUGGUGGGCUUCGACCCAUCACUCCUAAAACUGUUUGCUAGCUACCUGAAGGAUCCUUACUUACAGGGCACGCUGGGAUAUAACGCACUGGCGACACGGAGACUGUUCGACCAGCUGGUGACAGUCCUCCGUAUCCUGCGAGGUCUUCUUGACUGCCCUGAGUUAGUUGGUGAGGCAUGCCGCGUAUUCGUCCCGGACGGGCGCGCACGGUUCCGCGCCGACCGCCUGCGCCUCUUCGCGGUCCCUCCCGCUCGCACGGUCUCGCGGCGCAACUCGCCAUUCCGGGUGCGAACACAGAUCAAAUAUCAUCAGCUGAAGCAUACUGACGUGAAGGAAUACUACUGUGUGGAGUGUGACGUCAGAUUCAAGUCGGCACACAGUUUACGUCAACAUCUAGUGAAGAGUUUGAAACACAAAGACAAACAGAGUUUGAAGUUUGCGUGCACGCGCUGCGACAAGCGCUUCGAGUGCGCGCGCGCGCUCGCCUCCCACCACGCCGUGCAGCACGACGGCCUGCGCGCGCACGCCUGCGGCGCCUGCCCCGCCGCGCUGGCUUCCAGGGCUUCGCUCGCCAAACACAGGAGACAUGUGCACCAGGGCGCCAGGCCGGCCAAGAGACACAUCUGUGAUGCUUGCGGCAAGGCAUUUAGAGGCAAGUCGGUGCUGAUCAACCACGUCCGUACUCACACCGGGGAGAAGCCGUUCUCGUGCCCGACGUGCGGCCGCAAGUUCUCGCAAGCCACCGCCAUGAGAACACAUGUGGAUUUAGUGCACCUCAAGCGUCGACGCGGAAAGGCGAAACAAGAGCCUCCUGCCGAGCCCGAGGCACCGAAGUUAGACUUGUUCACCAAAGAGGAACCUCAAAUAGUGUUCGACGCGUGGCGACAGAACAUGCCCAAUUGUGAGGUCUAUUUCACCGUGACUGCCGGGCCUUAGACCACCUCGUGUAAGGUCUGUCUAUCCAUCAUAGAAUAGGGAUGACGACUACAUAAAAAAAAAUGGCUUCUA